AUGCGUGUUUUCACGGAGGCCCCAAGAAAAUGCCUUUUCCGCCUUCGAAGCGCCACCCGAGCCUUCGUCUCGCGGUGUCGUGACGUACCAGCGCGGUUUCGUUUUCUCUUGCGCCUGCGCAAUCGCUCCAACUUCCCCUCAGUUAUUAUGGCUGCUGGACUGAGUGGGAUGUUUGGGAAUCAGGGCCCGGUGCCACCCCCGCCGCCUCCUCCGCCACCUCCUCCGAUGGUCCCCGGAGGUCAAGGACCCGCGGGACUCCUUCCGCCGAACCCCACGGGCCCGCGAAACCCGAUCGGUACCCUUGUGGAUGAUUUGGAGGCUUCUUUUGAGGCUUGCUUUGCGUCCCUUGUAAGCCAAGAUUAUGUAAAUGGUACAGAUCAAGAAGAAAUUAGAACUGGUGUUGAUCAAUGUAUCCAGAAAUUUUUAGAUGUUGCACGACAAACAGAAUGCUUUUUUCUACAGAAAAGGCUACAGUUAUCUGUCCAGAAACCAGACCAAGUCAUUAAGGAGGAUGUUUCAGAACUAAGAAAUGAAUUGCAGCGGAAAGAAACACUAAUACAGAAACACUUGGGAAAACUUCGCCAUUGGCAACAAGUUUUAGACGAUAUUAAUAUCCAGCAGAAGAAACCUACUGAGAUGCCUCAGGGACCUCUAGCUUAUCUAGAACAAGCUUCAGCCAAUAUUCCUGCACCUCUCAAGCAAAUAUGAAAAAGAAGCAUAAUUGAAAUGCCAGAAUAAAGUUAUACAUUUUGUAUUGAAAAAAUGUUUAUUUUUGUAAAAAUGGAUACCAAGGAACCUAACUAAAUGAGGAGGCUACAGCUAUCGUUGCAUGGAUCGGAAAGUAUUAUCUCUUUUAUUCUGUCACCUGCAUUGUCUCUCUCUGACUUUGGAGAUAUUCUAAGAAGCAAGAACAGUCUAUCCCAUGAACUUCCAACAUAAUUUUACUUCUGUAAAUCAAGUGCUACCGUUAACUUUAUCUUUUGGAAUCAUGGUGCUUUUUAAUAUUCUUGCACAGUUUCAGCUUCUGGUUCUGUGCGUAAACAUUCUUGU